GGGAGGACAGAGGCACCCAACUACCACCAUCACUGACAACACUGGCCCCUCUAUCCCCACAGGAGGUCAUCGAUCUGACCUGUGAGGACAUGGGCACGGACCCGGCAUGGUGGAGCAGCCUCACCAUCAUCGACCUGACAGAGGACGCAUGCAGCCCUCCCCACACCACCAGCCAGGAUGACCAGGACCCUGGGCAGGCACCUGCUGCCUCAGCAGCACCCACGUCCCAUCCCUGGCUCUACUCCACCAUAAUGCCAGAAACAGAGGCAAUGUCGGGGCUGAGCCCUGCAGCACCCCGGCACAGCACUCCUGCAGAGCCCAGUGCCACCACAGACACAGCAGGAAACACAGAGAACUGGAGCUGCUUCUCUCCUGCCUCCAACCACCGUAGCUCCUCCUCCAGCCCGGAGCAGAACUGCAGCACAACCACUUUUAACAGUGACUUGGGCUCCCUGGCCAGCAUGCAGCUGGACUCGGACCUGUUCUCCCUGUCCCCCUCCAGCCUGAGCAGCAGCAGCAGCUGGAGAGGCGAUGGCCCAGAGGAAGAGACUCCCCACCUCUGCCAGCAAAGGGAGCUGCCCCCGAGGCUGAGCCCUGCCCCAGCCACCCCCACAAUCCCAGGGAAGGCUCAAGGGUCUUUGCUGGAAGAAGAUGACAGAGCAAUCCAACAAGUGAUGCCAGCCAGGACCAAGGCUGACAACAAGAUCUGGCUGAACAAACUGCACUAUUUCAGGAGGACUGGAGUCGAGCACCUCUUCCUCCAAGGCGUAGCACCCAACAGGGAAACAAAACAGCAGAAACCUGAGCCCAUCCCCAGUGGGAAGCUGAGCAUGGUGCGCACCACCAUGGAGGAGAACUUCCCAGAGGGCACCUUGCAUUUCCUGAACGAGUUCGUCUCCUGCCAGCACUGUCCACCCAAAGAAAUCAUCUCCCACCUGAUCAGACAGAUCCUGUUGAACCCCCACCAAAGGGAGAUCCUGACGGACACCUACAUGCUGCUGAUGAAGAUCCAAAUGCUCCAUCCAGCCAACGCUGCCACAGUGGGAUGGGACUGGACGCUGCUGAAAUGCAUCAUGGAGAACCAGGAGAAGCCCCCUGGCCGGCUCUUCUUCCUACAGUACGUGGUGCAGACCCUGGAGGACGACUUCCAGCAGAAGCUGAGGUUGCGCCUGCUGCAGAAGUCAAUUGCCAAGAAAGUGCUUUCGUGUGACAUGUGCUUCAACAAUGUCAAGGAGGUGGUCGCAUGGCUGGUCGCAGCAGUUACAGGAGUCGGGUUCUCCCAGCCCCAGGAGCAGCUGCAAGAUAUUGCAUCCUCUUCAGCAGAAGCAAGGGCCAAACACAGCUCAUCUGCACCAGAGCUCGCCAGCACUCACCAGGCAGAGGUGUCUUCACCAGCUUUCUUCGCCCAGAAGGUGAUGCUCCUGCUCCAGAGGAUGUUGUCCUUCGCGGUGGAAGUGGACAAAUCUCCCAACUGCAGCUCCUGUAAGAUCGCAGAUGUGAUACUCCCAUUUAUACUGAACAUUCCCCUGAGGAGCCAAAGAGAAGCUUUCUUAAACACCAUGCAGAGCCAGCUCCUGCGCUGCAAACUCCUAGAGCUGUUGUUCCAGCAUAGUUGUGAUGUGCCCACGACCUUGCCCUUGUCUCUGGCCAAGCUGCUGUACUUCCUGAGCCACUCCUCUCUGCUGCUACAACACCAGGGUGAAACAGCAACAUGGCAAAGAUGGGAUGAGAUGCUGCAGUACUUGAGUUUGCUGCUGAUGAGUUACCAAAAUGUAAUACUGGAGCACCUACGGAGCUCACUCAACGACCGGAUGGACUUGAUCAUUCAGAAAGCCAAGCCCAAGCUGCAGGACAGGGAUAACAUCAGCCAUCUGGACAUUCAACUGAGGAUAAAGGACUUCAUCAGCCGAAUGCAACAGGUCCUGGGGCAGCCUUUUCCCCUGCAGAUCAUGGAGAAAUUGUGCCUGCUCCAGGAGUUGUUCCUCAUUGUCGCUGCUACCUGA